ACAAUAGUUAAACAAAAUAAAACAAAUACAAAAUGAGCAAGUUCGCCUGGGUUACCUUGACGACAAAUGAUAACUAUGGGCUGGGCGCCCUGGUGCUGGCACAUUCGCUCAAGCGCGCCGGCACCGCCCACCAGCUGGCUGUGCUGGUGACGCCCACCGUCUCGGAGGCGAUGCGCGACAGACUGAAGGACGUGUACAAUGUUGUACAAGAGGUGAAUGUCCUUGACUCACAGGAUGCUGCCAAUCUGGCGCUUCUCGCCCGCCCCGAACUGGGCGUCACCUUCACAAAGCUCCACUGCUGGCGUCUGGUGCAGUUCGAGAAGUGUGUCUUCCUCGAUGCCGACACGCUGGUACUGAAGAACUGCGAUGAGCUGUUCGAGCGUGAGGAACUCUCCGCUGCUCCAGAUGUCAGCUGGCCAGACUGCUUCAACUCGGGCGUUUUUGUGUUCACGCCCAGCGUGGACACCUUCACCAAGAUCACAGAGUUUGCCGUGCAGAACGGCAGCUUCGAUGGCGGCGAUCAGGGUCUGUUGAAUCAGUACUUUGGCGACUGGGCGACCGCAGAUAUCAAGAAGCAUUUGCCAUUCGUCUACAACGUGACGGCCUAUGCUUCCUAUUGCUAUUUGCCCGCAUUCAAACAGUUCAGAGAUAAGAUUAAGAUUUUGCAUUUCGCUGGCAAAUUGAAGCCAUGGCUCAUACAGUUCAACUCUCAGACAAAGACCGCUGCCACGCCCAACGAAUAUGCCCAUGCGCAAGACCUUAUCCAACACUGGUGGACCAUCUUCUGUGAUAAUGUGCAUCAGUCUCUGACCGACAAUAUGUGUCUCUGCUUGAACAUAACGCACUCGUCGAGCUAUGCUGAAUAUACUUACGAUAUGGACAGCUACUAUCAUGAGCAAGAGCAAGAGCAACAACAACAACAACAUCAACACCAACACCAUCAGCAACAGCCACAGCAAUAUGUGCCGCAUGUCCGUGAAUAUCGUGAUCCCUGGGCAGAUUACUAUGAGCAAGUGGAGCGACAACAAAAUGAACCCGAACCACAAGCCGAACCCGAACCCGAACCACAAUUCGCUCCGCAUGAGCAGGUCGAGAGAAGAGGAAGUUGGAGCCAGUGUCAGAGCGAUGCAUGUCCCAGACCCAUAUCACCAUCACCUCAAGCACCACAAGCGCCACACGCACCUCAAGCACCACCACCACCACCGCCACCACCACCACAACAACAACAAACAACAACAACCACUGCCAAUGAAGAGUACAUAGCAAUAGAUGUAAAUAAUAGCAAUGAGCAAGCGCAAGCACAAGAACAACCCACCCACGAACCACACUCGAACCACCACCCAAAGACACAAACUACCUCAAAUCACAAUACACAAACUGAAGAAGCCGCAGAAGCCGUCGAAGCUGAGGCUGGCCUCGCCGGCGCAUUGGCGCAGCUGCGCAUCGGCGCGCAGCGCACACCUGAACAGGAGCAGUACGAGAAUCUGAUGCGUCGCCAGUGCUGGGAGUCGGGACAGAUUGAUUAUGCGGGCGCCGAUGCGUUCGACAACAUCUGGAAGAAGAUAACCCAGACGCUGGAGGCCAAGCCGGACAAGGAGGCGGAAACUGGUAGUUCAUAGAUACGAAGCUAAUAUAUGUAGUGAACAGACAAACAACAACAACAACAACAAAUCGUUAUUUAUGUGUGACCACAGACAAGUCCUCACACACACACACGCACACACACACACACUCAACUGUGUCAAGUUAAAAGUAGAAAAUGAAAACAGAAAUUAAAGCCAAGUGAUGUCAAGUGUCAUGCAAAAUGCCAUAUUUAAUUGCUAGACACACACACAUACACACACACACACACACGCACACUCGGGCAUGGUUUGUAGCCUAGUUAGCAGCAGUAGCACAUAUCAUAAAAUUGAA